AUGGCUUUUUCUAACAAAGAAAUAUAUAAAAAACCUGAAAGACCAAAAACAAACUUAGAUGAAUGCCUACUUGAAUUUCAGCAAAAAGUACAUCAAAAAAAACCAACACCAAUCCCACCACCACCGCUACCAAAAGACUCUGUGCAUAAUCAACCAGAUCUUGAAUAUAAAAUACUGCAGGAAUUUCAACAUAUUCAUCGACUAAUUAAAGAAAAUGGACGACAAGGUGAUUUUUCCAUGGAAAUUACAUUUGGUGAAUUAAUUCCGAUCUUUGGAGCUGCUGAAGUCGAUAGAUUAGCUGAAAUCUUAGCAAAUGCACGUAGAAAUGGUUAUGUUAAUUACAAACUUAACGAUUUCUUACAACAAGAUCGGGAUGAAGAUGUUAUUAUUAAAUCGAUCAAAACACCAUUUUAA